AUGUUAGCCAAAAAAAAAAGGGAUGGACGGAUAGAAUAAAGGGGAAAGGAAAACCUAAUUCCCUUUUUUGUUUUCUCUCCUCUUUUUCGGCUUUCCUCUUCUCCUUUUUCUGGUUUUUCCUCUCCUCUUCCAUUCUAAAUCCAAAACCCUUGAAGACAUCAACCUCAUAGCCACUCUAUGAUGCUUUUUUUUUCUUCUUCUAAUAAAAAAUUUUGCUGCUAGCUGUUCCUCCUUUCCUUGUUCAUGAUUUGACUAUUUAGUGGGUGCAUCUUUGCUGUUUGGAUAGUGAGACCCGAGAUGGGGGAAACCAAAGGGAGUGACGGGUUAGAAAGCUAACCAUUUAUAUUUUGGACAUAGAUUUUGAGAUAUAUAUCAUCCUUGUAAACUAUAUUUUAUCUGAGAUAUUGAUCUAAGUUUAUGUGGAUUGUUAGUUAUGAACUUAGCAAGUUGUGGGCCUUGUGCAUUUGUGGUAUCUUCUCACAAGUGUACAGUAUCUAUUUUGCUCCUAGUUCUGGGACAUGACAAUAUUACUUUUGAUAAAUUGUACUCUAACCCAUGCAGGGCUCACUCUUUUAUCUAAAUAAUUAACAGGAGGAAGAUCCCCUCUCACAAAAUGAACAAAAACUCUAACUUUUCUCCCUCUCACAAGUAUUCUUUUCCAUAUUUUCCCUUGGUUCUCCCAUUCUCCCUUCCCUUAUACUCUGGCCUUUUUGGGCUUUUCACAAAAAUAUUUACUUAGUUUCCUUUUUAAUCCUUGAACAUGGCUCUUCUCUUUACUUUCAAUAAGGGGUGAAAUGGGUA